AUGGCGGAUUGUCAGCCGCGACGCCAGAGCCCGUGGGCCCCGAGGAAAAGCGAGGCCAGGGCCAUCUGCAUCGUGCAGUGCAGUGCAGUGCGGGCGGCGCGGCAGCAGCAAGCAGCAGCAGCAGCAGCAGCAGCAGCUAAACCCGGGAUGCCUCGAGCCCCUGGAAGGCUGGACGAGGCGGAUGCAUCCCCCGCUGGUGAGAUGCGGUGCAUGAAUUUGCCUCGCUUCGCUUCUUGA